GACUUAAAAAGCACGACUGACUGCUUAGCUACUUCUACAGUAAUCGCAUCUACAAGUGUAGGUUCAAAAGGUUAAUGCAGCCUGACCUGCUCAUAAUACGAUUCAAACAUGACCUUAUGGUGCCUUGAGUCCCGCCAACGCCCACGAAAGGCGUCAGUCGAGUGAGUGUGGUUCCCGAUCUGACCGGAUGGUGUUGCAUCUUAGUCCGGGGCCGGGGCCUUCGAUAUUCAUCGGUCCUCGCCCGGCGUGAUGCAUGCCUGAAGCUCGGACCAGGUCCGACACUGGCGCCCAGCGAUCGCCGUCCCCCGCCGGAGGAGUACCUUUUGCUGGUUGCGCUCGGUCUGCGCCUGCCCGCGCGCGUCAGCUUUGCCAUUUGCAUCCAAACACUGUCUUUCGACGCGUCUCUACAAGCGGGAAGGAGCCCUCAAGCUCUCAUACAAUCCACCACAGAUCAUACGCCCAUCAACUUCGAGCCGCCACUCGUACGCCCGGGUUACAAUUGACGCAUUUCCAUAACGGAAAAUACAAAACACAACUAGUCUCAUCCCUGUCCUACUGUAAAAGGAUGGCCCCGUCGGACAAGAAGCUCGAGGCGGCGCUUCUCGACACGGUUCGCGAUGUCUACAAGACGGAUUUAGACAACCUCACCGUGAACUUUAUUCGGAAACGCGUCGAGUCGGACCUCGAACUCGAAGCUGGAUUCUUUUCGUCGGGAAAGUGGAAGGACAAGAGCAAGAAGCUAGUAAAGGAGCUUGCAACCGCGCUCAUGGAGGGCAAUGCCGACCCCGAUCCCGAGUCUGAGGAAGACGCGAGCGCGAAGCCAAAGAAGACCGGCAAACGUCAAUCUGCCGAUACCUCACCACCCGCGAAACGUAGGAAACGGGUAUCUGCUCAAAAGGAGGAGGAUCCUGAAGAAAGCGGCUUGGAGAGCGAUACGCCCGAGCCCAAGUCCAAACCCAAGCCCAAACCAAAGAAGAAGGCGGCGCCACGAAAGAAGAAGCAGGAUACCCCCGUCAUUGAUUCGGACUCUGAGCCAAGCCCUGUCAAGUCAAACCCGUCCAAAGCUCGUAACGGACGUGCAAGCAAGAUUGAGGACAGCGGCUCGGAUGACCUUAGCUCCCCGCCAGACAGUGAUGAGGACGCUCUCGAAGGUCAAAAGGCGGAAACAGAAGAUGAGAAACACAAGGCGCCCUUGGAGAAGGAGGUUACAGCCUCUGUUGAGACAAAGGAAGACAAGCCAACCGGAAAGAACCCCGAAGUCACCACUGAGAAGAAGGAUGAGGUGAAGCCUGUGGUGGACGACACAAGUAGUGAGCUGUCCGACGUGAUAGAUGAGCCGCCCAAACCGAAACGCAAGAAGAAAGAAGCCGGAGCUGGCAGCAAGGCGCUCAAGCCGAAGAAGUCAUCUGCAGCUCCGGAGAACCCCGACGAUGCCGAAGUCAAGAAACUGCAAUCUCAGCUGGUCAAGUGUGGCAUUCGCAAAAUUUGGGGAUUCGAGCUGAAGCAAUACGGGGACGAUACGAAAGCCAAGAUCAGGCAUCUCAGAGAAUUGCUCAAGGACAUCGGCAUGGACGGCCGCUUCUCCGAGGCCAAGGCUAAGGAAAUCAAGGAGCGCAGGGAGCUUGAAGCAGAUCUGGAGGCAGUCCAAGAGAUGAAUGCAAACUGGGGCGCGGGUGGCCGAUCAUCAAGAAGCAAGGCGCGCGGGCAACCGGCGCUGAAGAAGGCCAUGGAGGACGAUGUUUCCGUUGCUGAAAAUGACAAGCAAAACGACGACGAUGACGACGAGGAGCAGGAGGCACACAUUCCCUCACGUGCGCGUGGCAAGGCGCGAGCAGACCUUGCGUUCCUGGGAGAUGAUGACGAGGAGUCAGACUGAUGUUGAUAUCAUGAAAAUUGGGGAGUCUUGCAGCUAUUCACGAAGCAUCACUUGGCUGAUUGCACAUGUUGCAGGUUGUAUUAUAUAUGCCGCGGCGCGUAAUGUCCCUUUGAGGCGCCAUCGCGGAAUGUCGGUCGAGGCGGCGGGGGUCGCCAUCAGCGCAUCAUACUAUCGAAAUGCUGUGGGGGUUUCGAGAAAACUGUUUUGUUCACCUGUCCUGUUUUAGCUUCGUGUCUUCACCCCCAAGCGGGCCCCUCUCAGGCUGAUGGGAGUCCACCCGCCGGUUCCUCGGAACAUAGGCUUGCUUUCUCCAAAAAGCUGGAGACAGGAAAACAUAGCUGCACGUCUCUUUAAACGCACCAGUUAGACAACGGUAUGACCGCUUCGGUCGUAGGGUAUGUGACUGGUGCGAGAGAAGGCUGCCAAAGAGGGGGAAGCCUGGGUUCUUGGGCAAACCACGCUGACGCUCUCACGCUCCCCACGCCUGCUCAGAACCAGAGAGAGCUCUGUGUCUCCAAUUUACCCCGCCGCAAGCAGGAAGCCCCCGCAUUGGCCUUCAUUUCCUUCAGUGAUGCUUUCCCC